AUGAAGGAGAGGCAGCAAAAAGAGUCUGUGAAACGACAGGUUCAUAGGCGGCUGCGCCCCCCUCAGAAGCAGCGGAAAGAUACAGCUGAGGUGAAGAUCUUCGGCAGCUCGCUUAUGGCCGCCCAAGCUGUUGCAACGGUCAUAAGAAGGGCUGCACGAGACGAAGAAACUUUCUAUGAUUGUAUUGCCUCCAUUACGGAGUAUUUUCUAGUCGUUCCAGCCCCAUGGCUUCCUGUGUUUGCUGCUGCCGCGUCUCGCGUCUUCUUCGAGAGUAUUAGGGGGUUAGAUACGGCCUUUACGAAUUCCUUUGAAGGCGUAUCCUGCUUCCUCGUCGCCAAUGUCCUCCUUAGACAGACAUUCACUCUACCCAGAACCGGUGCAACGUACGACCCUCCGCCUCUCGAGCCGAACGCUCCGGAGGAGCCACUGGCUCAAGCUGAAUGCGUCCGAAUGUAUCUAGAGGACGCGAGGCGCCAUGUAGGCUCCACGGAGAGCCCUGCAGCUUUGGCUUUACAGCGCGUAACGCUGCGGCUUCUUGCUGCUGCAGUCCAUGGUGCACUAUCUGGACCGUUGAGUAUCGAGGAGAGGCAGCAGCAGACCGAUUCAGGAGAAAGGGUGCAGCAGCAACUGCAGCAGCAGCCUCCGAUUGAUGCAGAUGAGAUGGUCUGUUUGUUGACUUCUUCCUUCUCCCCCUUCUUCUCAUUUUACCCCUUCCGCCAAAUGACGUCGUUCCCAUACUUCCAGGGCAGGGAGGGACCUUUGCCUUUCCCAUGUCGUUCAAUAGCAGCUGCAGCAGCAGCUGCAGCAGCAGCUCCAACAGCAGAUGGAACAACAGCUGAAACAGCAGCUGAAAAAGCAGCUGAAACAACAGCUAAAACAACAGCUGCAACAGGAGCUGCAACAGAAGCUGCAACAGAAGCUGCAACAGCAGCUGCAACCGCAGCUGCAACAGAAGCUGCACCAGCAGCUGCAACAGCGGCUGCAACAGGAGCUGCGCCGUGCAGCCGUUACUGCCUCCCUCCCCCUGUGCUCGUGGGCUGCUGCACUUUAGCUGACGCAGCUGCUUCAUGGUUUUCUUCUUCUCCGAGGAGUAGCGGCAGUUUUGAUGCAUACAUUCAAAAACUGCUCGAGACUCUUCUGCCCUUCUGUGUGUCUGCAUCUGGGGCCACCAGUGCAAUCAAGGGGGCCCCCUCAGCUUCAGCGGCGGGGGAAGAGCCUCAGCGGCAGCAGCAGCAGCCACCUGCGCUUCCCCCAUUGCUGCAGCCGCUGCUGUGGAAUUUCGGUUCGAGUUCAGACUGCAAUGCAACGGUUGCAGCAGCAGCAGUUGCUGUGCUGCUGCCUUGCAGCCUCCUUCGGGUCAUCGUCUGUGCAUGGAGGGCUCUGUCUGCCAGCUACACAAAGGCCGUGCCCUCGACAGAUAAUCCUUUCCAGCAUUUGCUACCAGCUUUGUUGACUGUGCAGCGAUAUCAGCGCCAGCAGCAGCUGCAGCAGCAGCUGCAUCCGUUGCAGCAGGUGGAGAAGGAGUGGUGGCAAGGCGUGGUGCUCGAGCGGGUGCUGGAGGUGUUUCUAUGCAGCUUGCGGAUGCUGCUGCUUGCGCCUGCCCCAGUUGAGGGUUUUUCUUCUCUUUGUCUUCGUUACUCAGUUGAAUUCCUUGCAUGCCAGCCUUUGGCUUUGAGUGAUGGGCUGGCUCAGCAGGUGAAGGCGCUGCACGAGAGCGACAGCUUCCUCUCUUCUGUAGAAGGGCAAGUGCAGCAACGGCAGCAGCAGAAACUGAUGCUGCAGCGUUUCUUCUUUUCAAAAGAAGAAGGAGUACAGCAGCAGCUGCUGGUAGGAGAGAUAUCAUCGUGGAGAUGGGCGACAGCCAGCUCGCUGUUAGCCAACAUCAUACAAAACUAUGGAAGAAAAGACAGGGCCAUGGGGACCGGGUCAACGAGUGCAGCGAUUCGUCUGCUGCUGCGUCUUCACCUCGAGAGCUGUCUGAGAGGCACUUGUGUUGUGCUGCAGCGUCUUGAGAAAGAUUUAAAAACGCAUAUUUGUAACAGCAAAGAAACUGAAGAAGCAGCAACAGAUGACACUGCCGCCACACAGAUGGAGAGGCGUAUAGCGAGCGCAUUCGUGGGCCUACAGUGGUUAUGGGAGCUGCGGGAGGCUCUGCUUUCCUAUGGUGACGAUGCAUCAACGCCACCACAUGCAGAUAGAAUACAACUGACAACGGCCGCAUCUUCGUGA